ACAUUGAUUCCUUUUAUCUCCCUAAUAAAUGCAUCAGAAUUCCUCUCUCUCUCUCAUAUGCGGCUUCGCCGCCCACAUUUCCAAAAUGAUGCCUUUGAGCCCUCUGUCUCUAUUUUAUGCCGUCAUCUCUCCUCUCUCGUCUCUAUCUCUCUCUUCAAUAAAACCAGCAAAAUCUCACGGAAGAAGAACCUCAACUUUCCCUCUCCAAGCGCAUAAGCUUCUCUUGCGUAACUAGGUGAGAAACUCACCUCUCUACCUGGCAUCGGAUUCCAUUAUCCACUGUUAUAUCUGGUGAUGUCCUUGUUUUGAUUAAAUUUGGCAUUACCUUUAGCUUGUUUCCAAUUCUAAUGGAUAAAAUUAUGAUCUUUGAGCACAUUACUGGUGUAAAUAAACCACAAUUCACAGGAAAUAAGAGAAUUUGCACCGUAGCGAAGAAAUUGAUUCAAAAGAGACCAAUAAUAAACCACAAUUCACAGGAAAUAACAGAAUUUGCAGCCAUGGAGAAGAAAUUGAUUCAAAAGAGACCAGUUCAAUGGAUAACAGAAUUUGGGGUGGCCUUCCUGAUGACAUUAUAUUCAGGGUUUUGUCAUGGUUGCCUGUUUCAACAAUUGUAAGAUCUGAGCUUGUAUGCAAAUCAUGGAAAUCAUAUAUAAAUUCCUCUCAAUUUUGCAGUCUCCAAUCUGAAACUCUCUCGGAGAUUAAUCAGCCAUGGAUUUGUGUUUCAUUCCAGUUUCUCCCAUCUCCAUGGAGGCCAAUUGCCACUGGGGAUGGGGUUCUUUGCAUGCUCUGCAAAGCCCCAAUUGGUUUUCGGCUAUAUGUUUGCAACCCAAUUUCGAAAUCAUUCAGUGAAAUCUCUCUACCCAGCAAUUAUUUUCGACAUUUCUUCCUUGUUUCAGGACUUUUUAGAGAGAAAACUUCUGGGUCUUUUAUGGUAGUUUUAGUGGGAUCAGAACUGGUUUCUGAAGAAUUGGGUGGCUUUGUUCUCACUGCAAAAGUUUAUAACUCUGAAAUGAGAUUGUGGGUCCAGAGCUGGAGCUUUCCUGUGAAUUAUCCUCUCUCUCCAUGGAAAGCCAUCAGUAAUGGGGUUUUGUACUGUAUCCUAGACCAAUUAUCUUGUUCAAUUGUAGCUUUCAAUAUUCGAUCAAGACACUGGUUCACUUUAAAGGCUCAAAUGCCUGAACAUCUUACAGAAGUUAGACUUAUGGAUCAUAAGAACAGGUUGGUUAUGAUAGGGGGAUUAGGAAGCCAUGGAAUCACCAAGGAGAUUGGGAUAGGGAAGCUAAAUAAUUCACUGAUGGAGUGGGAAAUGAUUGGUCGAUUGCCUGAAGAUUUCUGCAAUUUCUUUUUGAGAACGCCUUCUCGACGAGUUAAAUGUGUUGGCCAUGGCAGUCUCAUCUACUUUGCUAGUAAGAAGUUUCCAUGCAUUGCAAUCUACAAUAUUGCACAAUAUUGUUGGCACUGGGUGGACUCCUUGCCUUUUAUGGUGGAUCCUCUGUAUCAUAUGUUCACUGGUUUUUGCUUCGAAGCUGGAUUGUAGUUGUAAAUUUUCCAUCCUCCAUUAUUUAUAAGAAGCCAGGAAUAAUAUCUUGUCUUGGUUUUGAAA